AUGCAGAAUAAAUCCUGCCAGGAUCCUCCCCCUGAUUACAAUGCCAUCACAGCCACCGCCCCUCCUGUGACCUACCCAAUCUCCUCAUACACUCCAGAAAGUGCACUGGUUAAAGGUGUCCCUUCAGAACUCCAAAGUCUACUGCAGAUGAACCAGAUCUCCAUGCAAGAGAAAUUCACGGUGUCACAAGGCUGGGGGCGGAGCUUUGAUGUUUUGGAUCAAAUGGGCCAACGGAUGUAUCAGGCCACUCAGACCGUGGAGUUCUGCGGGCCCCUCUAUGAUCUGAAGGUCCGAGACAAUGCGGGUCAGGAUGUCAUGGCGGUGCUGGAGACCCUUGCGUGUCGCUGCUCUCGUCUGAUGGAGGUGACUAUCCCAUCGUGCGGGGUCGUCGGAUCGGUCAUGUGGAACUGGAGAUCAUUUAUCACCCACUUUUCCAUCAUGAACCCAUCAAAGGAGGUUGUUCUCCUGAUCCUGGGCCCCAACUUCCACAACAGCAUCUUCGGGAAUAUAACUUUAGAGGUGAAAUCUCCAGAUGAACAGCAUGUGGUGGGGAUGAUAACAAGUGAGGGAAGCCAAUACACGGUCACAUUUCCAAUGGACCUGGAGGUGACGAUGAAAGCUAUGAUACUGGCCCUCCUGCUUCUUCUACCUGGAUUGCAUGAUUCAGAACAAACGGAGACAAGUGGCAACCCGUCCAAGCAGAGACUA